AUGGUGAUUAGCAGUGGCGUAUUUUUGACCCGUACCUGUUGCUUGAAGCUGCAACCGCCGUGCCUCGCAUUGCGCCGGAGAUUCUGCGGAGCCACGGCUUGCUCUGUUUCUCCGAAUAAGAAGGAGAAGGUGAUUGUGAUUUCUGGGCCUACCGGCGCCGGGAAAAGCAGACUCGCCCUGGAGCUCGCUAAGCGUCUCAAUGGCGAAAUCAUCAGUGCUGACUCCGUUCAGGUGUACCGAGGGCUCGAUGUUGGAUCAGCUAAGCCAUCCGCAAGCGAUAGAAAGGAGGUGCCUCAUCAUCUUAUCGACAUUUUGCAUCCGUCUCAAGACUACUCGGUGGGGCAAUUUUUCGACGAUGGAAGGCAAGCUACUAAAGAUAUUCUUAGUAGAGGGCGUGUUCCCAUAGUUACUGGUGGCACUGGAUUGUACCUGCGAUGGUUUAUUUAUGGGAAGCCAGAUGUGCCGAAACCUUCUCCAGAAGUCAUAUCCGAGGUACACGAGUUGCUAGCUGAUUUCCAAACCGAACUUAACUGGGAUGCAGCUGUUGAGUUCGUGGUCAAUGCUGGUGAUCAAAAAGCCUGUUCUUUAGCUCGUAAUGAUUGGUACAGACUACGGCGUAGCCUCGAGAUUCUCAAGACAACUGGAUCUCCUCCGUCUUCCUUUCGCGUUCCGUAUAAUUCUUUUCGGGAAAAUUUAAAUUCUCCUGAUGCCAACGAUUUCAAUGGAAAUGGUGCAUCUGCUGAUAUCUCUAUCCAAAACAUACAGACAGAUCUGGACUAUGACUUCCUUUGUUUUUUCCUGUCAAGCCCACGGGUUGAUCUCUACAGAUCUAUUGAUUUCAGAUGCGAAGACAUGAUUUCAGGUGCCGAUGGAGUUUUGUCAGAAGCUAGAUGGCUUCUUGAUAUUGGUCUGCUUCCAAACUCAAAUUCUGCAACUCGUGCCAUUGGAUACAGACAGGCCAUGGAAUAUCUAUCAAAAUGUCGUCAACAAGGAGGUGUAAGUUCCCCUGGAGAAUUUUAUGGGUUUUUGAACAAAUUUCAGCAAGCAUCCAGAAACUUUGCAAAAAGGCAAAUGACAUGGUUCCGGUGUGAGCCUAUGUACCACUGGCUUAAUGCUUCUAAACCUCUGGAUACAAUACUUGAAUUCAUAUAUGAUGCUUAUGAGAACAAAGCAGAGACGCUGGUGGUGCCCGAUUCUGUCAGAAUGAACAAAGACGUAAGAAAUUCUCGGGAAGCUGAUGCACUAAAAUCGUAUCGCCCGAGAAAUAGGCAUUUCGUAAGACGAGAGGAUUGUUCUUCGGUGUUAGAGUGGAUCAGAAGUGAAGGAUGUAAGAGUGAAGUUUCAUGCGUGGAAGGAGCAGCAACAUAA